AUGACUAUAGCCUCAUCGCUUCAUACAAUGUCAAAUGGUUCCGGUUCAUCAACAACAAAUCCAUUUCUUCUACCUAAAAAUGAUUUAACUAUGGGCGAUAGUCAAUUGAUUGAUGUACUUUUACAUGGUCAAAAUAAUGAUAAUAAAAUUCAAGCUGUAAAUCGUUGGUGUAAAAAUUCUCGACAUAAUCGUCUAUCGACUAUAAUUGAUGUUGCCCAACGAUAUGAUAUUUUACUGUCUCUUGUAAAUACUCUCCAACAGACAACCAACACUGAAUAUCAAUACAAUUGUCUAACAUUUCUAUCCGAACUUCAAACCAAUAUUCAUCAUUACGAUCAACAACAUUAUCUUCCAGCAAUUAUUCAAUGUUUUUCAUCCACAUCGAACGACGUUCAAAAAUUAGCAUCCCAAUUCAUAAUUAAACAAAUCCAUACGACAAAUGAUAUUUCCACAUUUUUACUUAUAUUUACACAGGAUGCUUUAAAAUCUCCAAACAUUCGAAUAAGUGUCAAAUCUAUUGAAAUACUAACUGAUCUAUUAACUAAAUCUCAUCAACGUGAAAACCUAUCACCAAUUUUCGAAAUCAUACUUCAAUAUUUACAAGAUACUAAAUUUCGCUUGAAUUAUAAUGGCAUUCUUCGUCAAGCAAUUAAUCAUCUUAAAUACAUAUUAGGUGUAGAGUUACUCAACACUUAUCUUGACUCAUAUCCAUCAUCGUUAAAACGACUUUAUCAUACUUAUAUAUCAGAGCAAAGUGAUAAUGAUGAAACACUCAGAGCACCAGUACAAGUAUCUCAUGUUAAAGAUGCAAAUAAUUAUUCACAUACAGGAACCAAUGGUUUUCGUACAAAUGGCAUAACUCAUAGUGACAAUGCAUUGUCUACUCCAACAGAAAAUUCCGAGGUUAAUUCUCUAAUUGAAAUCAUACGUUCGAAAUGGAUGGCUUCCGAUGAAACUAAUCGUGUAAAUUAUUUGGAGCGUUUAAAAAUUUCAGCUGAUAAAUAUUAUCAAACACUUUGUUCAAGAUAUCCCACGCCCAAUAAUGCACAAUUUCAUCAAGUUUUUCAUACAUUUUUAACAUCUAAACUCGAUCUUUUAUCUUAUAUAACAUCAACAAAUCUCGAUUUAUCAAUUAAAAUUAAACUUGUUCUAUCAACAUGUCUCGCAUGGCUUAUUAAACAUUCGCAAGCAACUUAUUGUAAACAACAUUAUAAAACGAUAUGUGUAAUUUUCAAAAACAUUCUUUUCAAUGGUCAAUCAAAUAAUCGACAACUAGCCAAAUUCAGCGUUAGUAUUAUACUGUUGCUUGAGAAUUUUGUUCAUCCACAAAUAGUUCUUGAUGAACUUAUUGAUGAUCAAUAUCAAUAUUAUAAUUAUCGUAUACAACUUGAAAUUCUUGCCAUUGUAACAGCAACAUUUAUAAAACAUCGUCAACAAAAAUAUGAUAAUAUAGCUAAUUUACAUAAAAAUCUACUUCCUAUGUUACUAUCAAACCGUCGAGAAUUACGACAUGGAGCUAUGGAAUGUUUUACAGUUAUAUGUGUCUAUUUGAAUGCUUUCAAACCGCUAACAUCAACUACCAUUGAAACAAAUCCAUCGAUUAAAUUAGUUUUAUCAUUAAUUGAAAAUUUAUCCUACGAUGCAUUAAAUGCAUUUCGUUUUCGUUUACAACGUAAUUUACUUCCAUCAUUAACUGAUGAAGGAAAUAUUACGCCGGGUUUAGUAUGUGAUUCAACAACAACGAAUGAUCCCGAUGCAAAAUUUAUUCUACUUGUUUCAAAUAAUAAUAAAAAUAGUUUCGUUCAAACGCCGCAAUCUGUCACCAGCUAUGAAACAGCGUCAUUACAGUCGUCAUCACAAUUUCUCUCGACCAAUAACAGCAAAUUACUUCAAUUAGCAAUGCCUUUUGUUGAUAAAAAAACAAAUGCCAAUGAUUCAGUAAUGCGAAGCCGUGAAAUACCUCCAUUGAAGCCAGUCAAUGCCGAUCUUGGUUCCCAUCGAUAUACCAAUAAUAAUCAUCCAUAUGAAACGGCCAUUAAUCCAACAGUUCUUACAACAGUAACAACCGGUGGACCACCGUUGGAUUUCACUGUAACUGGUAAUAAUAAUUAUCGUCCAUUGACAUUAACAGAAAGAGUAUUUACGGAUGAUUGGGCGAAAAAAUUAUCAACAACAAACAUUCACCGAAAAGAACCACUGACAGCAGUCCAUCAACAAGAAAAUCUGCAGAACAAUAGUUUACCACAAUUUCGUCCAGCAAUACCACAUCGUCCUGCUAUUGGUCGAUUUCCUGCAUCUCAUAAUAUCUUAGCCACAUCACAAAUUCAUAAUCAUAACGAACAAAAAUCAUCUGCACGUCGUUUGGAUUCAAAUACUGACUAUGAUGAAGACAUCGAUAGUGCAAUAGAAUCACGCUACAUACCAAAUAAUACAGAAAAUGGCAGUAUACAUCAGACCAAUGGUCACCAAUCAAAAAAACCUGCUCGAUCAGUACAUAGUAGUUCAACAAGACGUAAAGUCAAUCGUCUAUUUAAUAACGGUAGCGAUCUAGAAUCAACAUCAGCACGAACUUUAACACCAGAGAAUAGCAACGAAAGUGGAGUUUACUCACAAUCGGGGCGUGAUACUGAAUACAAUUCGAAUAGUUCUACAAGAUCUGUUGGCAAAGAUCAAUUGUUUACUACGAAACCUCGUCUUGCUCGUUCUGGUUCAAAACCUAAAGCUGACAAAUCUCAAUUGUUACCAUCAGAUCCAUUAUCAGGACAAAAUCAUGAUAACCAUUCAACGAAUGAUAAAACUCGUCGACCGAAUAAUAAUCAUGUUGAAGUCGUCGGUCGUGCUUAUGCAGAUGAAAAAAUUUCAACAAGACGAUUACUUAACGAAAAGAAUGAUGACAAACAACAACCCAUUGCCAGUAAACCUCGAGCAAAACUUAUUAAAGGCUCUGUAGUGACCAAUCCUGUAAGUACUACUACACACACAAACAAUAACAACAAUGAUGCAUCGACUCGUGAUGAUGGCCAAGAUAUAGGAGUAAUAGGCAAAGCUGUUCCGAUGCCGCUACGUACCAAUGGUGACAUGGAUAUAAUGCGAAUGCAACAUAAUAAUGCAGUCAAUAAUAAAUUGAAUAGACAAAGUGAUAAUACUGAUACACUGUCGGAUGAAUUCGAUAGUGAUUCAAAAGAAAAUGAAAAUUUUGUUAAUAUGGGUCAAUCUCUCUCAGCAUCGUUUCGUUUACGUGUACAGCAGAAAACGCAAGAAAAAAUUGAACAGAAAGAACGUCGUCGACAAGAUCGAGAAAAUCGUUCUCAACAACAAGACUUCAAUAAUAAUAAUAAUAAUAAUAAUAAUGGCGACACCCAAUAUGAUAAUGACAUGCCGACCUCAUCAACAUCAACAAGUCGAUAUUCAUCGCAACCCGAUCUUACAGCAAUUAAUAAUGAUAUGCCACCACCAACAGCACGACGACAAAUUGAUUCAAAUAAAAAUUCAAUUCUACCUAAUUUUCCAACAAAACAACGUUCUCAUGUUGCUAAAAUUUUUUAUGUAAUGAAAUUAGUACUGUCAAUUGAAUUCAUCUAUUUAUUUUAG